AUGUCCGCUCGUCCUCCUCGACGCCGUCUCCACGCACGCGUCUUCCUCGUCUUGCUCGCGGCGUACUUGUCAUUCUUCGCCCUUCCCGCGUUCAAGAGUAUCCGGGACGACCCCGUCGUCGAGCGCGAGCGAGAGUUGACUCGUGAUGAUGCGCGAACGCUCAUCGCGGAACCAUCGACGGACGAUCGCGACGUUCCCGUCGCAUCCGAGCCCGUGGAUGACGCCCCGAGGGCACAGAGCCCCCAAGCGCCGUCGCAUGCGUCCACGCCGACGAAAGCGGCGUGGGGAGGACGUAAAAGGUCGACGCGAGCGCUGAAACUGUCGGAAUUCGCUCCGCGCGAACACUUUGAGGGCGCGGGCGACGUGGUCAAGUGGGGACAAGAUUUCUUCGUCGAGAGCGCUCGGAAGUGUCACGACGAGUGCGUGAGGUUGAAAGAUAAGGGAUGCACGACGUGGGUGUGGUGCGCGGACGCGAACGGGUGCCUGGGACAGAAACAUAAGUCGUGUUGGUUGAAGAAGCAAGCAAAACCGCAGUCGAUGCAGGGGACGAAAGCGAAGUCGAAUCCAUGGACGAGCGGGUCGAUAUACGAGCAGGACGACGCGAGAGGGGAUCCUGAUCCAAAGCGUAAGUUCCACGUCGUGAUGACGACGAACAAGGCCGUGUAUCAGGGGUGGCAAGCGCGGGUGAUGUAUUAUCACUACAAGAAGCAAAAGGCGCUGCAGGGGCCGAACGGGCAGAUGGGCGGAUUCACCCGCGUCUUGCACGACGAUUCGGACGGUCUGGAGGAAGAGAUCCCCACGUGUAGGGUAGAUAGAUUGGAGGACGAACUCGGAUUUGUCGUUCUCAGUCGGCCGUACGCCUUCAUUCAAUUUUUUAAAAAGUGUCCGCCGAUCGAGGAGGAGUUCAUCUUGAUGGCGGAGCCGGAUCAUGUGUACAUUAAACCGUUGCCGAAUCUCAUGCGGGGCGACACGCCGGCGGCGUUUCCAUUCUUUUACAUCGUUCCAAAGGAUAAACCCGAGAUCGUGAAGCGGUUUUUGCCCGGAAUCAAGGAUGAAGAGAUCCCGAACAUUGACGGCAUCGGGAGCUCACCGGUGUUCAUCCGAAAAGACGACCUCGAGCGGCUCGCCCCGGAGUGGGCGUCCAUGUCAGUCGCGCUCCAAAAAGACAAAGAGGCCAAAGAUGCCUGGGGAUGGGUGAUUGAGAUGUACGGAUACACGCUGGCGGCGUACAAGCUCGGGAUCGAGCACGACAUGCGACCACAACUCCAGUCGCAGCCGCCGUGGGACAAGGAGAUAGGCGACUUCCUCUCCAUCCAUUUCACGUACGGCAUGGACUACGACCUCCAAGGAAAAUUCACCCCGGGUAAGGUGGGUGCGUGGCGAUUCGACAAGCGCUCGUACCAGAACGCGUAUCCUCCCAAGAAUAUCCCGUCGCCGCCCGAGGGUACGGACAACGACUUGGUCCGUCUCUUCAUCGACGCCGUGAACGAGGCAAGCGCCAAUCUCCCGGACUGGGGCAAGUGGGGCUCUGACGUCAUCAUAGCCGAUAAAUUUACCCGAUGA